AUGGCCAGUACACAAACACCAGUGGAAGAGAAGGGACGCUUGUCUAUCCCAGACAAGCUCUUGGGGGGAUUGGAUCUCGAGUGGGUAGAGCUAUGGGAAAAUCAUGGCAGCUCCAUGGUGAGAGCCGACGAGCUAUCUCUUGAAGAAUAUCGCAAAAGUCCUGCUACAUACAGCUUCACCUACCCAACAUGCCCUGGUCCGUCUGUUUUCCAUGUUGAGGAUAUCGAGAUCCCGGUCACUCAACCGGCUGGAAAAAUCAUGAUCAGGGUCUAUACACCAGAAGGACCAGGGCCAUUCCCUGUUCAUCUGAACUUCCACGGAGGUGGCUGGGUCCUUGGCAAUCUCAACUCUGAAGCUGCUUGGUGCAGGCACAUGUGCAACAAAGCCCAAAUUAAAGUUAUCGAUGUCGACUACAGACUGGCUCCGGAGUUUCCGUACCCUACCAGCAUCUACGAUUCAUGGGAUGCUGUGAAAUGGACAAUCGCCAAUGCCUCUAGCAUCAACGUUGAUCCAUCAAGUGUUUCUAUCGGAGGCCUCUCGGCUGGAGGUCAAAUGACCGCAGUAAUGGCACACUUCGCCCGCGACGAGGGCAUUGAUCUCAAACUUCAGUUGAUCAUCGUUCCGGCGACAGACAUGCGCUACUGUCUAAGGACCCGAGAGCUUAACGAAACCACUUGUCCCUACGAAAGUGUCUUACUAUACCACGAUGCCCCUUGGGGACCACUAGGAAGAGAGCAAUGGUUCCUGAAGUAUUGGCUCGGCGAUGAUGACGCUACCCAAGAAAGAAUCUUGACCAAAGAAUGGAUCUGCACACCUGUACUUGCUCCUUCAUUCAAAAACCUUGCAAAGGCACAUAUCAUCACAGCAGAGUUUGAUCUUGAGCGAGAUGAAGGAGAGUAUUAUGGUAAGCUUAUGCAAGAGGCCGGGAAUGAUGUCACAAUGAAGAGAUACCCAGGCGUGCCACAUGCAUUUGGGCACUUCAAUCACCCUGAAAGGGGACUCUCGCAGAGCUUUGUGUAUAUCGAAGAUACCAGUCGACUACUUCGACAGGUCCACUUUGGCAAGAGUGAAGAGUAA